ACAGCAGUCUUACAAUUAAGUUGUAAACCCAGCAGCCGUCACUCCUUGCUUCCAGGGGGCAAGUAAAUUGUUUGUUGUAUAAUCUCCGACAAUGUUGUCGUGCCUAUCACUUAAUGUGUGUGGCGUUAAAGACAAGCUACAAAGAGCUGAAUUGAUAGAUUUGGUUAACAAAAAUGAUAUAUGUUGUUUGCUAGAGAGUAAACUUACUGCUACUGAUGUGGCUGAAUUUAAGGGUUAUGUAUCAUUAUACAAAAACCGUACAUAUUCUGAGCAUCCAUCUGGAGGGGUACUAACCUUGAUUAAAGAAUCCAUUGCGCCUUUUGUAACUGUUUAUGAAAAUGAAAGCGAAAAAAAUAGUGUCUAUUCUUCCAUCAAAUAUGAGUUUGUUAAUCAUUCUUUGUGUUCCGAAGCUAUAUUUUUUAAUAUUGGGAAACGAUAUCUAGGGCGAGAUAUUAUGUUUGUAGGCGCAUACAUAUAUCACAAGGGAUUAAAAGACAUAGAUUAUUUUUCACAAAUAGAAGAAUCUCUUCUCUUUCUAAAAGUUUCGAAUAUAUGUAUUCUUGGUGACUUGAAUGCUAGAACAGCACAGGUUCAAGACGUAUUUGACGAGCGUGUGUUUUUUAACACAUUUGACUUUACUGUUGAAGGCGACUCCAAUAUUUUCUUAACAGACCGAGUGUCUCAAGACACACAAAAGCCUGAUAAAUGGGGUAGGCGCUUAAUUGAAUUAUGUAAAAAUUUUAAUUUAGCUAUAGUAAAUGGUAGAACAGGAGCGGAUGCCAAAAUAGGUAAACCUACUUGCCAAAAAAGUGUCCUUGAUUACUUUAUUCUGUCUAAAAACCUAUUCAGACCUAAAAUGGAAUUUGAUAUUCUUGAUUUUGAUAAAAAGUUAUCUGAUAUACAUUGCCCAGUUGUGUUACAGCUGGAGAUACAGCCGGACGAUGCACAACCAGAAGAUAAACUGAAAGUAAAUCCUUUUUCUCUCCCCGUUGAGGGGAAGCAACCCUAUUUCUGUACUACUAUUCAGCUACGUGUAGACGCUAUAAUUAGCAUCACUUCCAUAAUACAUUAUUAUUUAACGAAAAAGAAAGAUUUAUAUUAUGUUUUUAUAGAUGACGAAAAAGCUUCUGACCUAAUAAGUUAUCUUUUUAGAAAUAGAAAAACAGUAAUGGGAGAUAAUUUUAUUUCAGAUGAAGAGGAUGCAACAAUCAAAAUGUUUCGACCAUCUUUUUCCGAGCACAGGGUUCUCUUCUCAGAGACCACAGAAAAUUUACAAAAUGUUUUACACAGCAUUGAAAACUACUGCAAUAAACAGAAUAUUCAAAUUGAUCCGAACAAAAUUCACAUCAUAGCUUUCUGUAAGGGGGAAAUACAAACAAAAGAGGAAAUAUAUUUUAACGGAGAGAAGCUUGACGUGAUUCCUCACUUUUAUUAUUUUACUUUCGAUGCUGACUUAAGAAAUGUGUACGAUCGAGCGUUACGGGAAAUGAUUUUAUUGUUAAGAAAUAACCUGUUCCCCGUAGACACUAAAGAUAUGUUAUUUGAAAAAUUCAUACUUCCUAUACUUUCAUACAAUUGGAAACAAGGGGAUAAAACUAACUUUUUAAGCGAAAAGCUAAAGACUAAAUUCGACAAACUGAAAAAUAAACAAAAUUGUUCUACUGCUUUCGGCUUGGUCCCAAAUUCACGACAUUCACGACAAUAGCAGAAUUUUAUAACAUUUUUGAUCUUUGUUGAAAAAAUUUACCUUUUUGUUGAAAUAUCGCUUAGAAUAUUUACAUAAUAAAUCACUAGGUUCCAUAAAUUUAAUACCUAGAUAAUGCAUCCCCCUAAAUAAUAAAUAAAAACUAUCUUGAAAAAUUUUAAUCAUAGUAAAUAUUGGCUUCCUUUACUUUUUUCGUAACUAAAACUAUAGCAACAUAUAAGGUGGGGUAUAUUAAUAAAUAAAGUAAAAGUCUACUCCCCUCUCACCAAACAAACUAUACACAAACUGUAAACACCAUGACAAACCGUGUAAAUACUAGAUUUAUGAAAACAAUUUUAAAACUUUAAAUAGUGAGCAGUAUAAGCAAAUAUACCAACUAAGAGUAAAUUGAAGUGUAGAAUAUAAGACUAGGGCAACAUAGGGAGUGGAUACAAGUUUACAGUCCAAACGCAACAGCUAUUUAAGCUCUAUAGAUGUGUCUGUCUAAAUAAAUUUAAUAGCUUACAUUGUACAAAUAAGUUUCAAAGGCAGACGUGAAAUUCAGAAAGUACCCCGGUAGGAACGAUUAACAGCUGUUAUCGGUUAUAGCGUUGAUAAAGGAAAAUAAAACCGAAAAAGGAGACAAGUGGUAAUACAACAUUUUUUACUUGCCCUCUGGAGCGGCAGUGACGGCUGGUGCAACAUUUUAGCUGUUAUCUCAGAAUGACUGCCUGACUUCACGACAGCUCUGCCUAUCCACCGAGACGUCGAUAGCAGAGAUAGUAUGGAGAAGACAAUUCUAUCAAGAUUUAAAACUGAAAUAAAGAAACAGAAGUCGAGAUGCAAAUUCAGCUGAGGCUCAUGAGUUUACCAACGCUCAGAAGAAUAUCAUCAAGGAGACUUGACUCGCAGACUAGACAGUUUCUUGUCAAGUUGCCAACGCCAGCAAACAAAAAACGCUGAGAGACUAAACGGAAGCAACAACCUCCGAGAAAGAAUAAACAUUGUCUGUUAAACAGCAAAACAAAUGCCAUCCUCGGCUACAUCAUGACAAGUUCCAUGUCACUUAUUCUGCCAACUCUGUGACAUCUGCGAAAUCUUUGACCGCUCUGUUGUUUUGUUCUUAACAGAGAAAAUCCGCAACUUGUCUUAGGCUAUUUUAAGUAAGAGUUGGUUAUACCAUCAACAUCCCAACUUAAGGUUUCAAAAAUGGAAACAAGAAAAUUAUGACAGCAACAUAGAAAGUAUUGCUCAGUUGUCAUUGUACACAACUUGUGUACCUCGUGAACAGGCUGAUGUCAGAUUUGUGUGCCAAAUGUCAACUUGCCACAAUAAAAAAAGAUAACAACCAAA